UUCCGGGAUUGGCGGCGGUGACAGCCGCGCGCAUGCGCAGUGAGAGCAGGAAGUGUGCGCUACAGCUGUUGCUGCCGCAGGUGACCAGCGAGUGGAGCGUUAAUGUGCAGCUGCUCUCCAGUUUCUCAUCGCGUUUAAAGUCUGAAUCAUUGCAAAGAUGAUUUCUCUGACUGAUUCACAAAAGAUCGGGAUGGGACUGACAGGCUUCGGAGUGUUCUUCCUGUUCUUUGGGAUGAUCCUGUUUUUUGACAAGGCGCUCCUCGCUAUCGGAAACAUCCUGUUUGUGGUCGGCCUGGCGUUCGUCAUUGGCCUGGAGAGGACAUUCAGAUUCUUCUUCCAGAAACACAAGAUGAAGGCCACCAGCUUCUUCCUCGGGGGCGUGUUCGUGGUGCUGAUGGGAUGGCCGAUUGUCGGAGUGGUGCUAGAGUUUUACGGCUUUUUCCUUUUGUUCAGGGGUUUCUUCCCGGUGGUUAUCGGCUUUGUCAGGAGGAUACCCAUCCUGGGCUCCUUGUUGAAUCUGCCUGUCAUUAGUGGGCCUUCGUAAUUCUGAGUGGACAGUCAGCAGUCUCGGUCAGUCACUGCUGCGUCCCCUCCUGCAUGUGAGCACGAACUCAUCCCGCCUGAGAUCAUUACAUCACUUUCCCUCACAGGUCACAUGACCAUGCUGCAUAUUUAUACCACAGCAAAGCGCCAUUCAGGUCUGGAUUCAGACAGGGUGUUAUAUUGAUAUAAGAGAUCGGUUCUACAGAGGGGACGGGGUGUUCAGUUAAAGAUGAAUUCGGCUUAUCAAGUACAUCGUCCCUUUUUUAAUGCUGUAAAUCUAAUGAGAGACAAAUUUAUUGUUUUAAAACGUGUAUGCCUUUUGCGACAGCUGACAGAAAGACUGGAAUAGAAAUUUCUGUAAAUUUGUAAAUGAAAGCGAAUGAACUCUCUUAUUUAAGUCGUAAGUUCUGUUACUGCUUGCUUGCGUCUCUUUAUUUUCAGCUCUGUCUGAGCCAUGUUUCUUCCUCAGAUAAUGUAAUGAGCCCUAACCAUAUGACUAUGUAUGAGCAGUGUUUAAGUCAAACCGUAACUUUUGAUAGUGCAGAAUAACAAAACACAGCCCUGAGAGUAAAAACUGCCUUUAUUUCUCAAUAUAAUGCCCUGCUACACUAAUGCACUUAUCCCAGUGUUUCACUAGAGCUUGGACACCAUCAAGGUAGAAAGUUUUCUCAGUACGCUGGAGCCACGAUCUGAUUGCCUGUCUGAUUCACGUCUGAAACGCCGGCCUCCCAGAACCUCCUUUAAUGGCUCAUACAUGUGGUUUGGAGCGACGUCAGGACUGUACGACUCCCAGCCGAGUUCCUGUACGUGCAAGUGGUGCUGGUGAAUAAUGUGUCUCUUUCUUCCACAAAGUGACAACAAGUUAUCCGUCAAUUGUCCAGGAUCAGGCGUUCC